CAAGGGUUGACCGCGAAUCCAACACCGUUAUCACCAACUCGCUAGAUACGAUACUCCCAUGAUCAGCUGGCGCGCACGGUCCACGCCAAGCUUCCUAAAUUCUGGUGUCUUGAGGCUUAGUAACCUAAACGAGCCAAGGGAGAAUUUUCCAAUCCUUCUGAACACAUUUCACCACAAAUGUCACCCCCUUCCCAUUCUAUCAUCGCCGCCACCCUCAACCCAUCUCCUUCCCAUUCUUUCCUCCCCUUUACCACCCUCCCCACUUAAAACUACUGCGAUCGCAACCAUGGACUCUAUUCUCCAAUCCCUUGAAGGGCCUGUCUUCUCCACAAUACGUCCCUACAUCACCCCCUACACCUCCACCCUCCCACCAUCUAUCCAAAAGCCACUCUUAAACCUACUCACACCGAUUUGCUACAAUAACUUGAUCCGUGACUUCGAUCCAGCGUCAAACCCACAAUGCGUACAGUACGCUAUCUCCAAAGCAAUCGGCCUAGGCAUCGUCACGCUCUCAACAAUCGUUAAAGUCCCGCAAUUAAUAAAACUCCUCUCGUCACAAUCAUCCAAGGGUCUCUCCUUCCUCUCAUACCUUCUAGAGACGACGGCGUUCCUCUGCACACUAGCAUACAACUUCCGUUCCGGGAAUCCGUUCUCAACUUAUGGAGAGAUUGCCAUGAUAGCCGUGCAGAACGUUCUCAUCUCAACGCUCAUUCUGCAGUACUCCGGGAAGGGUGGAUGGGGUGCUGUUUGGGUAGCAGCCCUGGCGGCGGCGGGGUAUGCCUUGUUCAAUGAGGGGAUUGUAAGUCCGGAUAUCAUGGUAUAUCUUCAGGCUGCCACGAUCCCGUUGGGGUUGGCCAGUAAGGUGCCACAGAUUAUUGAGGUUGCGAGACAGAAGAGUACCGGACAGUUGUCCGCUUUCGCUAUCUUCAACUACCUCUUUGGCUCCCUUGCUAGAGUAUUCACCACGCUCUCGGAGGUCAACGACCCUCUCAUCCUCUGGGGAUUCCUCGGCGGUGCCGCUCUCAACACAGUCCUUGCUGCACAGAUGGUGUACUACUGGAACUCUGGCAAGAAGGGUGGAAAGAGCCCGAACACUCCCAGCAAGAAGUUCUAUGCUGGUGGGAAGAGCCCGAAGCCCAAGGGUGACCCCAAGAAGCGGUCAUAGAUCAUGUUCACAUUCAUACCAUACUGAUUUUCCUUGUCUUCUUUUUUUUUUUGAAGAAAGUUUGGAGAACCUGGAGGUGGCGGGGGCGAAAUGGAAGGCUUCUCGGUUUGGGGUUAUUUCUUUGUUUGCUUUAUAUUCUCUUUUACGCUUCGCAAUUCACCGCGACAAAAGCUGUGGGCUUAGAGCUACGAUACCUGCGAUUUUAAGUUAUUGAGUAGGGUUCUCCUGACAUCGAAAUGUGAGUGGCGAUGGCUUCGUAAGCUCGGUUGAUCCGGAUAUGAGCGUCAUUUUAGGGAGAUGAAAUGGUUCAAUUCAAUGGCACGGGAGACGAACAUGCAGGAACUAUACACAUGGUGGGGUGGGGGAUAUCAUCACUUCAUCCUAGAAUACGCACCUAUGAUUGCCUCCUAAUACCUUGCUUUAUGAAUGUU